AGCUCUGUUUAUUCUCUCUCUCUUAGUCUGUGUGUCUGUCCUCGUCCGUCCAGCUCUGCAGCAGGAGGAGGCCGCGGCCUUCAGAGGAGGAGGUUCCAGAGGAGGAGGAGGAGGCGUGGAGCAGAGUGGUGGCAGCAGCAGAGUUGGUGUCAGUCAGCAGUGGCAGGAGGCCAACCAGGAGCAGAAGGAGAAGCAGCCACUCCUGCACCUGCAGCAGGAGGAGAAGAAGGAGGACCAUCAGCCCUGUCCUAGCACCUCCACCACUGCUCCCCGAGACCUCCUCACAUACCGUGAAGACACCAGGGAGCCCGGGGAAGAGGAUCUGCGACAGGGACAUCGAUCUCAUCACGACCAGGGAGACGAGCCAGAGGAGGACACACACACACACACACACACACACACACACACAUGGAUUUUAAGUCCAACCUCAAGGGGGUCAAACCCAAGAUGCAGGAGGAGCGCAAGGUGAACUCCUCACAGCAGGUGGACUUCCGCUCCGUGCUGGGGAAGAAGAGCGCCACCAACAGCAACGGCAGCAAACUGUCAGACAUGCCCGAGAAAAGAUCUGUGCACGCCAACAAGAGGACGACCGGAGACGAGGACAAGGUCAAUAACUGUGUGGACGGACGCAUUCAUGGCAAGAGUAAUGGAGGAGCAGCAGCAGCAGCAGGAGGAGGAGGAGGAGCAGCAGCAGCAUCAGCGGCAGGAGGAGGAGCAGUGAGGGUGCUGGAGUUUGUGGAGGAGCUCAGUGAUGUGACGGUGGUGGACGGACAGCGUCUCCUGCUCCAGUGUCUCCUCAGCACAGAACCCUGUGACCUCGCUGUGACCUGGACUCUGGACGGAAAGACCAUCAAAGCCUCCAAGUUCAUCAUCCUCUCCAACAAAGGCGGCCUGUGCUCUCUGACCAUAGACAAAGCUCUUCCAGAGGACGAGGGUCAGUACAGGUGUUUGGCUGAAAGUGCGUCAGGACGAGCUGAGAGUUGCUGCACGGUUCUCGUCGACGACCCGGCUGAAAACUCUCCCUCAGUAAAGAAGUCGACUGCGACCUUAGAGAGUGAAGCAAGGAUCAAGAAACCAACAACCAAGACUCCUCCAAAACAAGCUCUUCCUCCUCAGAUCCUUCAGUUUCCUGAGGACAUGAAGAUUUUGGCCGGAGAGAAAGUCGAGAUUAUCUGCAGGUUUACUGGAGCUCCGCCCAUUAACUGCACCUGGCUCAAGUUCAGGAAACCAAUCCAGGAGGGUGUGGCCGACAUGUCCAUCAUCAGUGAUGACAUCACCAGCAGACUGACCAUCAGCAGUGGUCAGCAGGAACACUGUGGCUGUUACACCAUCGAGCUCAGGAACAGUUACGGCGUUCGACAGGCGGCGCUGAACCUCACCAUCGUUGAUAAACCCGACCCUCCGGCUAAAGUCCCGGCCGCCUCAGACGUCCGUGGCUGCGGUUUGACGCUGUCGUGGUAUGGACCGACGUACGACGGCGGCAGCGCCGUGCAGUCGUACCUGCUGGAGGCGUGGGACUCUGUGGAGCAGCAGUGGCGCCACCUGGUGUCCUGUAACAGCACAUCCUACAACGUCCAGAACCUUCUCCCCGAGCGUCAGUACAAGUUCCGCGUCCGAGCGCAGAACGUUUACGGCGUGGGAGAACCGAGCGCCGAGUCCGAGCCCGUGACCGUGGGACUGGUGGACGAUGACGAAAACCACGAGGAAGAAGUCGAGGACGAAGACGAAGAUAAAGAGCCUGAAUACAGAGACGUGACGAUUCGCACCGAGGUGAAGGUGAAGGAGCUGUAUGACGUGGAGGAGCGGCUGGGAACGGGAAAGUUUGGACAAGUUUUCAAACUGGUGGAAAAAUCCACGAGAAAAGUUUGGGCGGGAAAAUUCAUCAAAGCUUUUUCAGCCAAAGACAAACAAAAUGUCCGACAGGAAGUGGACAUCAUGAACCGUCUCCACCACCCCAAACUGGUUCAGUGUGUGGACGCCUUUGAGGGGAAGUCUGACAUGGUCAUGGUCCUGGAGAUGAUCUCUGGCGGUGAGUUGUUUGAGCGGAUCAUCGAUGAGGACUUUGAGUUGACCGAGCGUGAGGUCAUCAAGUACAUGCUUCAGAUCAUCGACGGCGUCAGUUUCAUCCACAAAGUGGGCGUCGUCCACCUGGACCUGAAACCCGAGAACAUCAUGUGUGUCAACAAGACGGGGUCAAAGAUCAAACUCAUCGACUUUGGACUCGCACGACGACUCGAAAACGCAGGAACACUGAAGGUUUUGUUCGGGACUCCAGAGUUCGUCGCUCCUGAAGUUAUAAACUACGAAGCCAUCAGUUACCCGACCGACAUGUGGAGCAUCGGAGUCAUCUGCUACAUCCUACUCAGCGGUUUAUCUCCGUUCAUGGGUGACAACGAUAACGAGACUCUGUCUAACGUGACAUCGGCGUCGUGGGAUUUUGAGGAUGACGCGUUUGACGAAAUCUCUGAAAACGGAAAAGAUUUCAUCACCAAACUCCUGAAGAAAGACAUGAAGUGCCGUCUGUCAUGUGCUCAGUGCCUCGAGCACCCGUGGUUAAAACAGGACACGAACACCAUGAAGACAAAGAAGCUCUCUAAAGAGAGGAUGAAGAAGUACAUCCUGAGGAGGAAGUGGCAGAAAACGGGUCACGCCGUGCUCGCUAUUGGGCGACUGUCGUCGAUGGCGAUGAUGGCCGGCGUCAGCGCUAAGAAGGGCUCGCCCACUGAAGAGGACAACCAGUUCCUGGAGUGUCUGGAGUACGAGCAGAAGGCGGAGUCAAAACCGACAUUCACCACAGUCAUCAAAGACGUGGAGGUGGUGGAAGGAAGUGCCGCCCGCUUCGACUGCAAGAUCGAAGGUUUCCCUGACCCCGAGGUCGUCUGGUACAAAGAUGAACAGCCGAUCAAAGAAACGCGACAUUUUCAGAUCGACUACGACGAAGAAGGAAACUGCAGUCUCAUCAUUUCAGAGGUGUCAGGUGACGAUGACGCCAAAUACACGGUGAAGGCAGUGAACAGUCUGGGGGUGGCGACCUGCACCGCUGAGCUGCUGGUGGAGGUGAUGGGUGGGGCAGAGGAGGAGGAGGAGGAGGAGGAGUAAAGCAGUGACUGUCUGGGCUCCCACAGGAAGAGGAGGCGGACUCUUUGACCCUCCUCUUCCUGUUAGACUUGAGCAGAAAAAACACCCACAAAUAUCAGGUUAUGAUUGAAGGAGGAGCAGGGGGCGUGGUUUCAAUACACUCAUGUUCUCUUUAAAUUCUUUGCAGCUUCUACCACCAGAGGUCACUUGACCUGCUAAACUCCACCCACCUGUAACUCCGCCCCCUCACACCAUGUGCUCUUACUGUGUUUGAUGUUUAUGACACAAGUCUUAUUUAUGUAAACACUUUGUAACGUUUGUAAAAGUUGAAACACAAACACACGCUUCACGUUGUUCCAUCGGUCGACACCAGAGGGCGGUCACGACAAAAACAACACAAAUAAACAGACCUUUCAAUUCAUAAAUCAAAGUAAA